AUUCUUGGAGUCCGUUUCACACGAUGAACAUGCAGUUGCGCUUGAUAUUCGGUUUUGCUGUGAUCUCAGGGGUCCUUGGACUGCCGACCAAUGAUGCUGCCCAACGGAAGGCUAUUGAGAAUCCUGAUUUGUUUGGAGGCGACAUGGCAGGAAUUGAUGGCCCGUUUGAUGCUGAAAGAAAUGCUAUUCCAGGUGAAAACUAUAGAUGGCCUGGAGCUGUAGUUCCUUACGUAAUAGAUUCUUCUGUGGCUUUUUUCACCAGCGUCAUUCUAAAAGGAAUGCAGGACUAUCACGAUAACACCUGUGUCCGCUUCGUUCCCAGGACUAAUCAGCAGGAUUAUAUCAGAAUCUUCCGUGGACAAGGGUGUUAUUCUCAUGUCGGAAAGAUUGGUGGCGGACAACCAGUGUCUCUAGGUGAUGGCUGCAUGUUCACAGGGACUGUUGUACAUGAAUUGGGGCAUGCACUGGGAUUUUACCACGAACAGAAUAGAUCGGACAGAGACGAUUAUAUCAAUGUCUAUCUCGAAAAUGUCCAUCAAGGCUUAGAGUACAAUUUUGCUAAAUUAUCCCCGUCUCAGAAUUUAUUGCUGACUUCUUUUGAUUACGGAUCCAUUAUGAUCUACGGAAACACAGCUUUCUCUAAAGAUGGCCAAUCAAACACAAUGGAAGCUAAAGAUGGAACACCUCUUACCAAUCCUUAUUCCAAGAAUGGAAUGACCAGUUCAGAUAUUGAACGAGUUAAGAAAAUGUACAACUGUUAGAAUACUUUGUAAAGUAAAAUUUAAAGUAAUAUUCUUGUGUACAUAAAUUAAAUAGCUAAUGUACUCACUAUCUGAAGCAAGAUAACUACGUAUUGUCACUAAUAAAAUAAUAUUCAAUAUUAAGCUA